AUGUUCUUCGGCAUGUGCAUCAGCUCCCAUGCCAUCUACCAUCCAGAGGUUCAGCAGAGUGCCCUCGCUGUAUUUAACGCAGAGCUCUGCUUGGCUAUGUACAUUUCUCACGCUUUUCUCUUCGUCAAGUUUUACAUUGAGGCCUUCUGCAAGGAGUACCGCAGCAUUGAAGCAACAUUCCUCACUUUCUUCCACGCCUUUGCGGUGGCAGGACUUGUGAAGCUUGUGAUGCACGAGCGCUGCUGGGAACUCUUUGCGGAUACAAUGCUGCUCUAUGUUGUUGGAGGCUUGGGCAUUACCUGUGGAGCACAUCGGCUGUGGUCGCAUCGUGCGUACAAGGCAUCUGGAGCUCUUCGUUUUGUCUUGAUGAUGCUCACUUCUUUGGCGAACCAGGGGUCUAUCUUCCACUGGUGCAGGGACCAUCGCGUGCACCACAAGAAUAGUGAUAAGGAAGGCGACCCGUACAACGCCUCCAGGGGAUUCUUCUACUCUCAUGUAGGAUGGUUGCUUCUGAAGAAGCCUCCGUCCGUGAGAGAGGCCGGGAAGCAGCUGUGCUUUGACGACUUGAUUGCUGAUCCGUAUGUCCGGUUCCAACACAAGAUGGACCCUUGGUGGAACCAGUUCUGGUGCUUCGUCGCACCUUCAAUUUACGCUUACUAUAAGUACAACGACUUCUGGGCAGGUUUCUUUAUACUAGGUUGUUUUCGCUGGUGUAUCUGCCUUCAUGCGACGUGGACGGUAAACAGUACAGCACAUAUCUGGGGUGAUCGGCGCUACACUGUGGAAGGAAACCCGUGCGAGAGCUGCUUCACUUCUCUGGUUGCUGUUGGGGAAGGCUGGCAUGACUGGCAUCAUAAGUAUCCCUAUGACUAUGCGGCAUCGGAAGGGGGUGUUCUCGACCAGUACAAUCCUAGCAAGCUGGUUCUUGACAUUUGCGCGUGGCUCGGACUGGCUUGGGAUCUGCGGCGCGCCACUACCGCUUGGAAGAUGCUCAAGGCAGAAAGGGAGCAACAGUCAGUUGUUAGGCAGCAAAGGGACGCGGAGGCACGCAAGAACUGUGAGGCUCUGGCUGCCGUACAUAGUCUUCGCGAGGUCGUACGCGUUAAAAGCGCGCACACAAGCACACUCCAGUCUCUGUGGAGCCUCCUGCUUGAUGUCCUCUUGCUAUGCGUCGCAUACGCGCUCACCUGGUGGGCGUACUCAGCCUGUACAUCGCGUCUAGGCAGUGCGCCACAAGCUCUUAUGGAGGCGUCUCCUUAUGUAUUGCUUCCAAUACUUCUUAUCAUCAGCAGCACUGUUCUGGGUACACUCUUCUUCUCAUUGCUGAUGCAUGCAUUCGUGGCGGCCAACGGCACCUUCAGCAGCAGCCGCUUCCUCUCUGACAUUGUGGGUGGUUUGAUCUGCGGCGCGUUGAUGAUUCCCUACCAAAGCAAGCGAUUCAAUGUCCCUGGUGAAACUCCAGCGCUGAGGCCGUUCUUGUACAGUGCAACAUUGGCCAUCCCUCGGCUUCCCGGCUGGUCUGCAGCUCUCGCGCCUCUAUUUUUGACGCUGUUCGUCGCCUCUACUGUGGUGGUUAUGUUGUGGCGAGGGCACUUGCUACUCGUUGGCACGUUUUACUUAUUGCCGCAUCUUGUGCUGGAUAUUUGGACUGCUUAUUACUUCUUGACAAUGGAAAAGAAAGGCCCUCACGACGUCAUGAACAACAACUGCAAGUAUGACUUUCUUUGUGUGGCACCGUGCGCGCUGCGCUGGGUUAAGGCUUGCCUAGACAAGAGACGCCACGACGAUGAAUCUCAGCUGAUGCGGGCAAUACACGUUCUACAUCAUCGUCCGCUAGAUCUUCAUCUGCUACAGGCAGUGACGUUCGAGGUGCCUCUUCACCGGGUCCAGGAGGCAGUAUGCUACUUGAAGGAACGUGUUGAGUCGAUGCCGGCAGAAGUCUUCAGCGCUUCACUUUCUGACGGUUUUGCAGUGGUUAAUCCAGACUCUCGGCCCGAGUAUUACAAUUCUUUAGGACACCAGCAGACUCGCCGGGCUGACGAACAGGGAGCGCCGGUGAAUGGAGAGGUGGAGAAGAAAGCAAAGGACUUGGAUGAAACGCCGUUCGCAGCAUCCUCUUCCACUCUUACAAAACGUACCAGAGCCGUUGGCUCGUAA